UGUAGAAGACAUCUGGUGAUUGUGAGACACCCAGCAGCCAUCCCGGUGUGUCAGGAGGACUGAGCAGAACCCAGAGCCCCAUCACGGUGCCUCCACCUCACUCACUGAUACAUGAGAGGCACAGUGACCAGAAGAUCCUGGAACUCGCCAACAAAAUCAUUCAGCUGCUGACUGGAGAGGAGGGGGAGUAUAUAGAGGAACACAGCGGUCUGUACAAGGACGUGAUGAUGGAGAAUCACCGGCCCCUCAUAUCACUGGAUGGACCCAGUAACAGAGAUACCCCAGAGAGAUGUCCCCGUCCUCUGUAUUCCCAGGAUUGUACAGAGGAGAAUCACAGGAUCCCACAGGAGGAUCAGGUAGAACGUCUGUCUGAUAUUAAAACAGACGAUAUAGAGGAAGAAGAAGAGACGUAUGUGACCGAUAUGAAGGCAGAAGAUAUAGAGGGAGAAGAAGAGACGUAUGUGAGGGGUGAUCAGCAGUGUAAGGAGGAGGAGAUCCCUACAGAUAUCAGCACAGCAGGGGGACACACAAGCAGGAAUAUCUCAGAAGGACAUCUAAUGUUAUCCCCGGAUUGUGAAAUAAGAGAUAAUGACAGUAUACAGGAAUCUCCAGGAGCAAACCGCAUUGCCCCAAUUAUACAUCCAGCUCUAUCAGCUGAUCCCCCUGAUCCUGGGAAAUGUUCUCCUGAUCACUCUGAUAUUGGUGCAUCUGUUACAGCUCUAACAGUAGAUACAGUGUUUCCAUGUUCUAUAGAUGCCAAAUGUUUUACACAGAACACAAAGCGUAUUACCCAUCAGCCAGCUAAGGCAGGUGAGAGGUCAUUUCCAUGUUCUGAGUGUGGGAAAUGUUUUACAUACAAAUCAGCUCUUGUUACACAUCAGAGAAGACACACAGGUGAGAAGCUAUUUCCAUGUUCUGAGUGUAAGAAAUGUUUUGCAUGGAAAUCACAUCUGGUUACACACCAGCAAAUUCACACAGGUGAGAAGCCAUUUCCAUGUUCUGAGUGUGGGAAAUGUUUUGCACGGAAAUCACAUCUUGUUAGACAUCAGCAAAGUCACACAGGUGAGAAGCCAUUUCCAUGUUCUGAGUGUGGGAAAUGUUUUGCACAGAAAUCAGAACUUGUUAUACAUCAGAAAAGUCACACAGGUGAGAAGCCAUUUCCAUGUUCUGAGUGUGGGAAAUGUUUUGCACAGAAAUCAGAACUUGUUAAACAUCACAGAAGUCACACAGGUGCGAAGCCAUUUCCAUGUUCUGAGUGUGGGAAAUGUUUUGCAUUCAAAUCAGAUCUUGUUAAACAUCAGAGAAGUCACACAGGUGAGAAGCCGUUUUCUUGCUCUGAGUGCGGGAAAUGUUUUUCCUGGAAAUCACUACUUGUUAUACAUCUGCGAAGUCACACAGGGGAGAAUCCAUUUCCAUGUUCUGAGUGUGGGAAAUGUUUUCAACACAAAUCACAUCUUGUUACACAUCAAAGAAGUCACACAGGUGAGAAGCCAUUUCAAUGUUCUGAGUGUGGAAAAUGUUUUAUUCAGAAAACACAACUUGUUAUACAUCAGAGAAGUCACACAGGAGAGAAGCCAUUUCCAUGUUCUGAGUGUAGGAAAUGUUUUACAAACAAAUCGCAUCUUGUUACACAUCAGAGAAGUCACACAGGUGAGAGGCCAUUUUCAUGUUCUGAGUGUGGGAAAUGUUUUGCACGGAAAUCAGCACUUGUUGAACAUCACAGAAGUCACACAGACGAGAAGCCAUUUCCAUGUUCUGAGUGUGGGAAAUGUUUUGCACACAAAUCAGAUCUUGUUAUACAUCAGAGAAGUCACACAGGUGAGAAGCCAUUUUCUUGCUCUGAGUGUGGGAAAUGUUUUAUACGGAAAUCACAACUUGUUACACAUCAGCAAAGUCACAGGUGAGAAGCCAUUUCCAUGUUUUCAGUGUGGGAAAUGUUCUGCACACAAAUCAGAUCUUAUUAAACAUGAGAGCAGUCA